AUGGCGGUGGCCUCCACAUCUCUCGCUUCCCAACCCUCUGGCCGUAAAUCCGUCUCCUCUUACUCCGGUCUGCGACGAUCGUGCUCCAAGUUGGACCACACCCAGUCUCUCUCCCUCUUCCAACACCUGCACUCCCAGCUCCGCCUCUCUUCCUCCUCCCUCAAAGCCUCCAGAGGCAUCGUCGCCAUGGCCGGCACUGGAAAGUUCUUUGUUGGUGGAAACUGGAAGUGUAAUGGCACAAAAGACUCUAUCAGCAAGCUAGUCUCUGACUUGAACAGUUCCAAAUUGGAAGCAGAUGUUGAUGUUGUUGUUGCACCACCAUUUCUUUACAUCGAUCAGGUGAAGAACUCGUUAACAGAUCGUAUUGAAAUAUCUGGUCAAAAUUCUUGGGUUGGAAAAGGUGGCGCUUUCACGGGAGAAAUCAGCGUUGAACAAUUGAAGGAUAUUGGGGCCACAUGGGUUAUUCUUGGACACUCAGAACGGAGGCAUGUAAUUGGGGAAGAUGAUCAGUUUAUAGGAAAGAAAGCUGCCUAUGCCUUGAAUGAGGGUCUUGGAGUUAUUGCUUGCAUUGGUGAGAAGCUAGAAGAAAGGGAAGCAGGGAAAACUUUUGACAUCUGCUUUCAGCAACUGAAGGCUUUUGCAGAUGCGGUACCCAGCUGGGAUAAUAUAGUUAUUGCUUAUGAGCCUGUAUGGGCCAUUGGAACUGGUAAAGUGGCCAGUCCAGAACAAGCUCAGGAAGUACAUGUAGCUGUUCGUGAUUGGCUAAAAAAGAAUGUGUCACCAGAAGUUGCAUCCAAAACAAGAAUUAUUUAUGGAGGGUCUGUAAAUGGGGGCAAUUCUGCUGAGCUUGCAAAGAAGGAAGAUAUUGAUGGUUUUCUCGUUGGUGGUGCUUCCUUAAAGGGUCCUGAAUUCGCUAUCAUCAUCAAUUCCGUAACAGCCAAGAAAGUUGCAGCUUGA